CCAUACCUUUUUGAAAGACCCCCCUUCGGCCUUCCCCCCUCCACUAGCUGUGUGGUUAGGCUACAGCUGAGGAUGUGUGAUUAAAUACAAAGAUCUGCGCAGCUCUGCAUGCCGCUAAGCUACUCUCUAUGUUCAUCUUCAGCCCGGCCGGUGUGAGAGACAAACAGGAAUUAUGCUCAAACUCAUCACAGAAAAGUUGCAGAAUCAGUCGCUGGAAGAUGUCAACUUUCCUGCUAUUUUGCCAAAGAUCCCUUUUCAGUACCAGACCAGAAGUAAGACUAGGGCAUUACAACAGACACUACAAGUUGCCUUAAUACCAGAUCAUGUUGGAGGAACGCUAUUGCAAGGCCUGUCCACAUCCAAGCAGUCAUCAUUUUUCUCCAGUCUAUUUGUUCAUUCAGCAUCAACAACAGUAACAACUACAACAACAGUAUCCAGCACAAUAUCCUCACCGUCAUCAUCCUCAACAUGUAGCAUUCCAGUUACUACAGUGGAACAAUUUCACAAUGCCGUGAACGAGAGCAUCUCGACCACACCCCCGGCCCCGCCCAAAAAGCGGCACUGUAGAUCGUUGUCGGCCGGGGAGGUGACGGAAGGCAGGUCGAGAUGGAAGCCCAACGCAUCAAAGAUCUGGCGCCCGUUCCGUCACUGCCGCGCCAAGCUAGACGCUUACCAAGGCCACUCGCCCAUGCUAAAUGUGAGUAGCUUAGACUUUUCGGCCAUCCCAAGCACGACGCUGAACCUGGCAGGGGACAGCGCAGACCCCAUGAAUCAGUAUUCCACGCCCCCGGAGUCGCCGAUACCGCGACCCGCAUCGGCGACCUCCUGGGAGAACACCGCCAAUCCACCGGUGUGGCUAGAACAGACUUCUUUCAAACCGCUUACAUCACCGCGGCUCUGGCACAGGCUACGAUCCUUGGAGGACGCCGAGAAGGAGGGCCUGUCGGUCAGCUCAGGGUCUGUCGCGUCCCUCACAAGCAGUGUGGACUCUGCUCCGGAGGUAGACUUGACCAGCAGUGGAGGAUUCGCGAGAGGAACUUUUAAGAAAGCAGUAGUAAUGCCAAGAUGCAGGUCGCAGCCUUGUGUCUCGAGUAGGAAAAAGUGCGGCAAGAAGAGGCGGAGAGAGGAGGAACCGAGACCAAAGUUAGAUCUGUUCAAGAUGAGAGAGGUAUGUUUGCAAAUUUUUGUCAUUGGUUAUCGAUACCCACAGCUAAGCAGAGGAUCUAUCAGAUACUUCAUCAAAAUGUAAAUGUCCAAUUUGAAUCGUUUUGAAAGCAACAAAAUUUAUGGACAUUUCCAUUGAAAUUUUAAAAUCGUGAUUGAAGCGGCAAAUGAACAUGUAUUCUGAAUAAUUCCAAAAAAUUCAACUGGAGGCUCAAAAAGCUUGGUUGCUCCAUGGUUUUGACUGAAAUAGGCGGUUGAUUUGAUUUUGAAUUGGACCGUAUCAUAAUGAAAUCAGCUUUGCAAUUUCUGCAUCGCUGAUUCUUGCUAUGUUUCCUCUCAUCUUGCUGAAAGUUCAUUGUGCUGUUGAGCCGUACCACUUUGUUCAAAGUGGGUUACAGAACAAAGAAAUGGACUAAGUACGCAUUACUUGACUCUCAUCCAGCCAAGCAUGCAUACGAAACAUGAAGAUGCACACUAGCACAUUUCCAAAAAGCUCGCUAGAGGCAUGGAGUUAAACUUAAAGAGGAAGCUAAAAGCAACGGUAUUCCUUGAAGAAAAUGGGACAGGAUUAUAUUUGUUUGGUGGGAAGAGGGAUUUGCAUUUGGAUAAAUCAGGCUGUGAAUGAAAUGGCCUUUAUGGAGAAGUAACAAGUGUGGGUCUGUUCUGACAGCCCUUGAAAACUGAAAUGAUCAUGCUGUAUGUGUACAUUCUGCUCAGCUGAGCUAAUCUGUUUUUGCUUAUUUACUUCAGUCUCAUGUUUCCCGGUCAGCAUCAGAAUGACCUAUGGACAAUAUGAAUUUUCCUUCUUUAAUCUCCUUUCCAGUUUGAAAGUUUAGAUGAACCUGGGGGUGUUUCACAAAGACUAAGAUUGACUUUAUGUUGGACUUAACUAUGGCAGGCCAUUAAGGCCACA